GGCCGCCGCUAUCCCAGAAAAGGGCGGGAAGGCAGCGGUGCCAUCUUUGUGAGGGGCUCCUUAAAGCGGCAGCAGCCCCAUUCCUCUGGGCUUGGGUGAGGGCGUUCAGCUGCAGGGCAGGGCCGUUCACCGGGCGUGCGUCAACCUAUACCUGGGGAGAAGCCAAGCCGCGGAGGAGCGUGGCUGCAUUCAUUGAAUACGCUUGCCAGCCUCACAGGCAGUGCUGUCACCCCGGGAGCUUUAAGGGAGACGGUCGCUUUAAGAGCAGGGGUCGCUUCGCGCGGCGGUGGGGGCGGGGCGGGGUGACGUCACCGCAUGACUCUGUUUUUAUGAAUGAAAAGAAUCCGCGGGUGAGUAAUCGCGGGGAGUGGGGCUGGAGGCGCCGCCCGACGGCCCGACCCGGCAGCAGCCCCGCAGGGAUCAGCGCGGCUACCCGGGUCAGCGUGAGGCAAGGAUGGCUGCAGACGGGCUCUCCAGCAAGGCCCUGAAGGUGAAACGGGAGCUGGGGGAGAACACACCGCUGCUGUCAGAUGAGGAGCUAAUGGGGCUGUCAGUGCGGGAGCUCAACCACCACCUGCGAGGCCUCUCCAAGGAGGAGGUUGCAAGGCUGAAGCAGCGUCGGCGGACGCUGAAGAACCGGGGCUAUGCUGCCAGCUGCCGGGUCAAGCGUGUCUGCCAGAAGGAAGAGCUACAGAAGCAGAAGAUGGAGUUGGAGUGGGAAGUGGACAAGCUAGCCCGGGAAAACGCUGCCAUGCGCCUGGAGCUUGACACCCUCCGUGGCAAGUAUGAGGCCCUGCAGGGCUUCGCCCGUACCGUGGCCACCCACGGGCCCUCCACCAAGGUGGCCACUGCCAGUGUCAUCACCAUCGUCAAGUCUGGUGCCAACCAGGCCGCCUACUCCUAGUGCUGGCCUCCAUCCCCUGGGUGGGAACUGACCCCCCGGGGUGCCUUCCCCCAUGAAUUACCACCCAUAACCUCCCUGACCUCCACCCAGAUGGGUCCUGUGCCCAAGUUCUCUCCCUCUCAUCCCUUGACCUCCAGCUCCCCCAUGAGGGCAGGGCUGCCACAGCAUGGGUGCUGGGGUUGGAGGAUAGGACCCCAGCACUGGCCCCAACAUCCCCUUCCCUCCAACCCAGCUCUAUCCCCUGCUGCAGCUUCCUUGGCUGGGCACUCCUUGACUUAGGAGGGUGCAGGCAGGAGAGGGUGACCCCGCACAGGCAGCAGUGGGAAGCAUCUCAAGGCUCCAAGCUGGCAGGAAAACCCCCAAGUACCUCUUUUUUGAGGAGAGCACAAGAGAGCUGAGUGUGUGUCAGGCACUCCAGGAGCACAUGCCAGGGAGGGAGGAGAGAGUAAGGGGCAGAAGGGAUACAAUGGAGAAACGUAUCACCAUUGGCCCCACAACUUGGACCAUGGCUAGAGCAGGGUGGGAGGUGCAACAUGGUUGGAGUCUCCAGAGAUGGAGAGGGCAAGGGAAAGUGGCAGGCCAGAGUGGGAGAGAAAGUGGCUGCGAGUUGGUGCCUGGUAAGGGUGAGUGGGAUGAGAAAGUGCUGUGACAGCUUGUGGUGCUGGGGGAGCCCAGAGGUGACAGGAGAACUGGGGAUGUGAGCAGGUCAACCCAGGCUGUUGUCCACAAAGGAGAGCAGCAGUGGUGCUGUUUUAUCUCUCUGCAUCAUACACAUCCUUCACGCCUCUUCCUGCCUACAGGACGCUCAGCCUGGCCGGCUGGGUGGCUCUGAAAUGCAGCAGGAAGGAAACGGAGGCAGCUGGAGCAGAGAUAAACACUGUUUUGCUCUGCAUGGGCUGGACUGUACAGCCCCACCAAGCACUCCCUGGCGCCCCACCGCCUACAAAGCCCAUGGAAAGAUGCUCCUGGCCCCCAAGAGCCAGAGCUGCGGAGGCAGAGAGAAGGGUGGAUGUGCAGGAGGUGGGAAGUAGGGUGGAGAGCAUCCCUGCUCCUGGGAGCCACCUGGCAGACAGGUAGUCUCCUCCCUUUGGUUUUCCUCCAGCUUGGACACUGGUGUGUGACAGCUGUCUCUUCAGCAGGCUGAAACACUGGGUAAGAGUUGGGCUUGCUAAAUACAAGUGGAGGUAAUGGGAGGCAGACCCUUUGCUGUAGAUGAUUCCCCCCCACCCCGACACUGCUCAUGCCCGAGUUGCCACGCCAGCCACCCUUGGCUGCAGCCUCCCAUCCCCUCCUGGAGAGAGGUGCCUGCCACUUGUGGAGGGGCACUGUGGUUAGCACCCCCCCACCCC